CACGCAUCGCUUUCGGCUAAGGAAGAGGAAGGUGUUGUUUUACAGACGCUGUAGAAAUAUUGGGGGAAAUCGCAGUAAACUCAUCGAAUUCAGAGAGGACACGGGGACUGGGACCGGUACUGAGAGAUACGGAGAGCGAAGCGUGAUGAGGUUUCCGUAGGAGGACACCCACUCCAUCUGACCCCUGAGGAAGAUCGAGCAGCAGAAAAACAUGAGGCUUGAGUCAGGUAUGAGAGAGGUCCAGUAAUGUGCCAUGGGGUACGACGUCACCAGGUUCCAGGGGGAAGUGGAUGAGGAUCUGCUUUGCCCCAUUUGCAGCGGAGUGCUGGAGGAGCCAGUGCAGGCCCCGCACUGUGAGCAUGCCUUCUGUAAUGCCUGCAUCACGCAGUGGUUUGCGCAGCAGCAGAUCUGCCCCGUGGAUCGCACCGUGGUGACGCUGGCACACCUGCGGCCGGUGCCGCGCAUCAUGCGUAACAUGCUGUCCAAGCUGCAGAUCUCAUGCGAUAACGCCGGCUUUGGCUGCACGGCCACGCUGCGCCUCGACCAGCUCCAGUCUCACCUCAAAGACUGCGAACACAACCCUAAGCGACCCGUCGUCUGCGAGGAGGGCUGCGGGUUGGAGAUGCCCAAGGAUGAGGUGGCGAACCACAACUGCAUCAAGCACCUGCGCAGCGUCGUGCAGCAGCAGCAGACCAAGAUAGCGGACCUGGAGAAAACCGCAGCUGAGCACAAACACCAGCUGGCGGAGCAGAAACGGGACAUCCAGCUCCUUAAGGCGUACAUGAGGGCGAUCCGGAGCGCAAACCCCAACCUGCAGAAUCUGGAGGAGAGCAUUGAGUAUAACGAGAUCCUGGAGUGGGUGAACUCGCUUCAGCCGGCUCGUGUGACGCGCUGGGGCGGCAUGAUCUCGACGCCCGACGCCGUCCUGCAGGCCGUCAUCAAGCGCUCGCUCAUCGACAGCGGAUGUCCCCUGUCCAUCGUCAACGAGCUCAUCGAGAACGCCCACGAGCGCAACUGGCCUCAGGGCCUGGCCACGCUGGAGACGCGCCAAAUGAACCGCCGCUACUACGAGAACUACGUGGCCAAACGCAUCCCGGGCAAACAGGCCGUGGUGGUGAUGGCGUGCGAGAACCAGCACAUGGGCGAGGACAUGAUACUGGAGCCGGGAUUAGUCAUGAUCUUCGCUCACGGCGUGGAGGAAAUCUUAUAGUCAGGACUUGGACAGAUUUUGGGGGGGGGGGAAAGACGCAAAGUUUGAGAUUUGUUUUUUCUGUUUGUUUGUUGUUUGAAGAUCUUUACCUCAUGAAGGGGACGAAACCAUGUGUUCAUGAAGGAACAGAACGGACCGUGUGAACACCCACACCUCCAGCCGGGAAUCCUGUUGCCUUAAAAGAGCAGAUCCAGGAGAGAAAGGGAAAAAAAUAAAAAUUAAAAAAGGUAAACCACGAAGAAAUGCUGGAGCUUUAUCGUUAAUCACCACUGACUAAACGAAUCCAAGUCGCUUUACCACUUUGUUGUUAAUAUACCUGAUCUCAUGCGUGCUUUGUAAAUAUGGAAAAUUUAUGAAUGAAAUAUGAACAUAUAUGCUAUCUAUUCUUGGUAUUGUAGAAUAGCGAAGACUUUUUUUUUUCACUCCCUUUUUUUACAAGGAUUGAUUACGGCGCCAGUACAGAGGCAUGUACCGACAGACUCUCCAUCGGGAGUUAGAUCGGACAUUAUUAUAAUAUAUAUAUAUAUAUAUACACAUAAACUUAUACAUUAUAUACAUUAAGCAUCUUAAACGUAUAUAAUGAGGAUUUUUUUUUUUUUUUUUUUUUUUUUUUAAUGUGUGUUUAUUUCGCGUCUGCAAUUUCUGUGCUAGCUUCAGCCGAUCUCGAUUUAAGCUGUGAGUCGGCGCGGGUCAGAAAAAAAUAAGCCUGUAGAGUACAGACCUGAGAGGAACAUAAUAUCUUUGACAUCUGCUAAACUGCUGGCACUUAAGCGAGAGGAAUGAGGAGGAGGAGGAGGACACGGAGAACUGUGUGUGGGCUGUAAUUGUUCGUUCCCUCCAAACCUCGACCGCGGCUUCGACUUCAUGGCUGCGGGUUUUGAUUUAUUUCCAGUUUAAAUCCGUUUUUUAAAAGAACUACAUCACGUCUCACAGGCUAAUCCGUUCCGGAUCCCGUUGUUUUUGUUGUUUUUUCCGAGGCGUGCGUUUCCCGCUGCUCAAAGAUUUCUAUCAGGAAAUCAUAGUCGCGUCAUGCAGUUGGAGGACGCACUAUCGUCUCUUCCUGUUUUACAAAAAUAUAAAUAAAUAAUUCUAAUCGAGACGACUGAAAACUAAUCUUACUCUGCCCCAUAAGGUGUGCGCAAGUCUCGGUUCUAUCCACUCAUUCGUCUUUCUUUGCCUCGAUGCCACUUCAACACAAGUGUUUUUGCUUCUUUAUGCUUCUUUAUGUUUUGUGUAAUUGAUUACUCUGUUAAAAAAAAAAAAAACACAAUUAAGUGAAUUUAUUUUGCAUAUAUUUUUUUGUCUUGGUUUUUGCUGUACAUAGUUGAUUUUAAACAAAGCUCUGAUGUAACUCUCGUGUGCCACGGUCGGCUUUUGUUCUCGUCACCAAAGUGUUUUUUGCGACUUUUGCUCAUUGUGCUUUUGUUGUUGUUGUUAUUGUUAUUCUGCAAAGAAAACACAAAGAAAUCUGUCUCAUAUCCUGAUGGUGUAUGUUGUCUAGUUCGUUCUUAUUCGUUUGGUGCAUGUCGUUCGCAGAGCGUCUCAAAACGACCACGUCUAAGAUUUU